AUGGAUUUGAAAUCAAUGGAUACCGUGGAUAUGCCCAUAUUCGGGAGCACCUUGAAGCUGAUGAAGUUCUGGUCGUAUCUUUUCGUGCACAAUUGGCGUCGCUAUGUGGCCAUGACGCCCUACAUCGUGAUCAACUGUACGCAGUAUGUGGAUAUAUAUCUGAGCACUGAAUCGUUGGAUUUCAUAAUCCGCAAUGUGUAUCUGGCGGUGCUCUUUACGAACACAGUGGUCCGCGGAGUGCUGUUGUGCGUGCAGCGUGGCAGCUACGAGAGAUUCAUUGAAGUGGUCAAGGCAUACUACAUACAGUUGCUAGAGUCUAAGGAUGCGCACAUCCUGCGUUUGGUGGAAGAAAUCACACGACUUUCCAUAACCAUUGGAAGGAUUAAUCUGCUGAUGGGAACCUGUACAUGCAUUGGUUUUGUCACCUAUCCCAUUUUUGGCUCGGAAAGGGUGCUCCCCUACGGCAUGUAUCUGCCGGCCAUUGAUGAAUACAAGUAUGCCACACCCUACUAUGAAGUGUUCUUUGUGAUCCAGGCCAUCAUGGCUCCCAUGGGCUGUUGCAUGUACAUUCCCUACACGAAUCUGGUGGUUACAUUCACACUCUUUGGGAUCUUAAUGUGCCGAGUGCUGCAGCAUAAGCUGAGGAGUCUGGAAAAACUGGAAAAGGGCCUCGUACGUCGUGAGAUCAUCUGGUGCAUACAAUAUCAUCUAAAGCUAGCAGGUUUAGUGGAUGCCAUGAAUUCCUUGAACACCCACCUACAUCUCGUGGAAUUCAUUUGCUUUGGUGCCAUGUUGUGUGUCCUUUUGUUCUCUUUGAUUAUUGCUCAAACCAUUGCCCAAACUGUGAUCGUCAUAGCCUACAUGGUAAUGAUAUUCGCCAAUAGUUUUGUGCUCUAUUCCGUGGCCAAUGAACUUUACUUUCAAAGCUUUGACAUAGCCAUUGCCGCCUAUGAAAGCAAUUGGAUGGACUUUGAUAUUGAUACACAAAAAACGUUGAAAUUUUUGAUAAUGCGUUCGCAAAAGCCUUUGGCUAUACUUGUGGGUGGCACUUAUCCCAUGAAUUUGAAACUUUUGCAGUCGCUACUGAAUGUCAUUUACUCAUUUUUUACGCUCCUGAGACGCGUCUAUGGCUGA